UUGCGGGAAUGAGAACCCCAAGUCGUCCAACGCCAGACAUGCAUGAUUACGGCAACCGCAGACCAAGCUGUAUUGUUGAAUCCGUACAGAAGGUGUAUCACUCUUCCUUUUCAGUGUAUACGGGACCCCAAAGCCACUACACCGCACGAACAAUAAACAAGAGGGAGCCUGAGUGGCUUUAUGAUCGUGCAAAGCUUAGCGAAGAACAUUUUAGGCAAGAAGAUAGUGUUAAGGAGAGGGAUGUUUUGCGUGAAGAAUCAAGGAAACUUAGGCUGUUUGCUAAAGAAUUUGGGCAAGGCGUACGGCAGCAUAGAGUAAGAGACAAAACGAAAGAAAAGGCUGGAACUCUCCCUCUAUCUCUAAGCAUGAUCCGAAGAGUUCAAACAAACCAAACUCAAACUGUUUUUGACAUACUUGAAGAGCUUCAAGCCUUAGACGCAGGACAACCUGAAACAGCACAGAUUGAAACUCGUCCAGUUCGUUUUUCAAAGGGAGAUGUAGUCGCCCUAAAACACAACUGGAAACGUUAUUUGGAGCCCUUUUUCCUUGCUAUUCUUCAAGAGGACCUUCAUUGCAGUAAUGGUGGCAUCCUUGAGCGUACCAUGCGUAUUAACUGGCUUGAGCCGUCAGAGGAAGAUGCACUAUUAUACACUGUAGGCAAUGAAGACAACAACAACCCACCUCAGUGUAUUUUAGAUAUUGUAACGGUGGUUCAGGAUGGUGAGAAAUUCAUUCUAUGCCGAAACGAGGAGCAACGCCUAAAAAACUUGGCUAACGGCUCUGACGAGGCUGAUUAUGAUAGCAGUAGUGAGGACGACAGUGAUGGCGACAAAAGUGAAGACGAUGAUGACCAACCGACUCGUUUCGAAGCUGGACGCAGUAGAUCUGGCAGGAGGGUGACACGAUUUGUGCUUUAA